AUGUCCAGAGCUAAUGGACGACUGCUUUCGAGUCAUUCUCUACACCAGUCAUCAGUAAGGGGUUUGACGGACUGUGUACAACUUUGUUUGCGCCGCUUUGAAGAAUGUUCCUCUAUAGCUUACGAUGAAGACAGUCAAACAUGUGACCUAUUCGCCAGUGUAGCUGGAAAACUAGUCGCACUGAUGUUCCCAGCGAAUGUACUGCUGUACACAAUACCGUAUCGCGACUGUACCGACGUCAAGCAACGAAUGAGUGUUGAAAGUGGCGUUUACCAAAUUAAACCAUGCUCAUCGUGGGACGCGUUUCUCGCUUACUGUGACAUGAUCACUGAUGGUAAAGCGUGGACGGUAUUUCAGCGGCGACAAGAUGGCUCUGUAGAUUUCAACCAAAAUUGGCAAAAUUAUGCGUCUGGAUUUGGUGAUUUGAAUGGUGAGUUUUGGCUCGGGAACAAGAAAAUCCACAAAAUUACGUCGUCAGCAAAGUAUGAAUUUCGGAUAGAUAUGGUUACCAAUGAUAACGACACUUACCACGUCACCUACGAUUCAAUUGAGAUUGGAAGUGAAGCUGAAAACUUCAGACUGAAUUUGGGAGAGUACGUCGGCGUUAAGUCUAAUGCAGCCGAAGGGCUUCAUCACAGCAAUGAGAGCUUGCAUUACCACAAUGGCAUGAGCUUCUCUACAUUUGACCGAGAUAACGAUAAUUUGAGAAGCUAUUCCUGCAGUAUCCUCAGUGGGAGCGCUUGGUGGUUCAACAAAUGUUCCCGUACUAAUCUUAAUGGUAAAUAUAAAUUGGUAAAUGUCUGGGACGGUGGCAGAAGCAGCUAUAUUUUACAAUUUUCAGAACUGAAAGUGCGAAGAGUUAUCUGA